GUCACCUGUCUGCAGGUAUGAACUGAGCCGGCACUGAGAUCACCCACUUCCAGCACCGAGCGAAGCCCCGGGGAGUGAGCUCUACUCAUGCAAAUGGAGUGUCUCCAGGUGUGGGGACUGUUUGUCCUCGUCGUUGCCACCACUGCCCGGACCACCACACACAGCCCCAACUUGCAGCCUUCCUACCUGCUACUGGCUCCCAGAUCCCUCCGUCCUGGAGUCCCGACAUUAGUGUCAGUCACCAUCCUGACUACCUCGCGGGUCACUGUAUCUGCUCAAGUUGUUCAUGGCAAGCAGACUGUGGCCUCAAACUCUGCUGCAGUUGAAGGAGGUUCAACUGAGCUGCUGACGUUACCUCCUAUCAGUGCGAGUGACUCCAGCUACUGGCACCCUUACGUCCUGGAGGUCAAAGGUCACGUGGGCAGCGUUGAAGUUUUCUCCAACUCGACACAGCUGCGCUUCGAUCUCAAAGGCCUCUCCACCUUCAUUCAGACAGACAAACUGAACUAUCAGCCUGGGCAGGUGGUGAAGAUCAGAGCAGUGUCCGUUCACCCCGAUGGGAAACCCUACGUGAGCCCAGUGGACAUCAUCAUCAGAAGUCCAAGGGGAAACCUGCUCAGACAGUGGCUGGACGAAGACAGCGUCCUUGGGGUUGUGUCCAAAGAGUUUGAGCUGUCUGACAACCCACCUCUGGGUGAAUGGACCAUCGUCACUACAGUCGAUAGUGUUUCGAGUGAGAAGCAUUUUAAUGUGGCUCAUUACGUGCUUCCAAAGUUUGAAGUGGUGAUAAAUGUUCCGGAUGUAAUUUAUCAUGAGGACACUCUGUGGGGCUCCGUCACAGCAAAGUACUUAUACGGCAAACCUGUUCAGGGACACAUGAACAUAACGUUCUUGCAUCAUUUUCAUGGUAUUGAAGAUGCUUAUGAUGAAGAUAGUGAGAUUGACGGCACUGCAGAUUUUCAGUUUGAAGUUCCCGACCACCACCCGAUGAGCAAAAGAGCUCUAGAAAUGGUUUCCUAUGACGAAUUUGAUGAGUUUCUAACGAUUGUGGUUCAUGUGACUGAAGACCUCACAGGCCUCACAUAUAAGAGUACAGCAAAGGUGUCUUUGGCAAAGUUCAGAUAUAAAGUUUCCUUCGACUGCUAUCCCAAAAUAUUAAGGCCCUCUCUGACCUUCACUGCCAGGCUGAAAAUAUCUACAUACAACGAUAAGCCACUGUCACGAGAUGAUCAGCUAAGGACUGCUCAAGUGUCAGUGAUGCAGCGAAAGCAAAGUCCGUGGAGUUGGAAAAUGGACGGGGAGGAACAAAUGUUGCCUCAUCGAUCAAACAUGUCGGGCCCUUCGGCAAAUGUGCGUCCCCGUCCAGAAGAGAUACCGCCUGAAGAUAUGGAGUUUCCUGUUCCUGCAGACGGAAUAAUUCACCUCAACAUCCAGCUCAUGAAUGAAACUGAAACACUCACAAUUGAUGCUUCUUUUGAGGAGAGCCACAAUACUCUACAACUCUAUAGAAGCUACACAUCCCCCAGUCACUCCUACCUACAGAUUCAGAAACCCCCUGGACCUUUGAAGGUUGGUGCACCUCUCCAGCUGCACAUUGAAAGCAAUUUCCCAAUGACUGAGAUUCACUACAUAGUGAAGUCCAGAGGUCUGGUGGUUUCUGCAGGGAAAAGCUCUGGUGUUCUAGCUCUGGUCCCAGAAAUCACCUGGGCUCCUAUGGCCUGCAUCAUCGUCUACUGCGUGCAUCCCGACGGAGAGAUUGUCAACGAUGUGAUUCAGCUACCCAUCACCCAAACUUUACAAAACCAGGUGUCUCUGAGCUGGAGCAACACUAAGAGGAGGCCAGCUGACAAGGUCACACUGAAGGUCGCAGUGGCAGAGCCCGCCUCUCUGGUCGGGAUCCUGGUGGUCGACAAGGCGACGCAGUGGGCGGGAUCACACAAUGACAUCACCAAGGAGAUGGUGCUGAAGGAGAUGGAGGAGUACGGCGUUUCCAUGGCCGACGCCUACAUGUCUGACAUGUUGAGAAAGGGAGAUCCGUACUCCAUCUUCAAGACCUGUGAUCUUGUGGUGUUGACAGAUGCCAGUUUACACAUGAUGGAACAGCCAUUGAAUCCCGUAUUUCCAGGGGAGGGAAUAAUUCUCUUCAACGAUAUAGACAGUCCCCAUGUGGAGCAAGAACAGGAGCCACGAGAGCGCUGGAAUUUUCCAGAGACCUGGAUAUGGAUGGAUACCAACACAGGGAAUUCAAACUCGGCAGACAUAACUCUGACUGUCCCAGACAGCAUCACAACCUGGACAGCCACCGCCUUUGUAAUAUCUGAGAACCUGGGCCUGGGCAUCAUAGAGAGUCCUGCAGAGCUCACAGUGUUCCAGGAUUUCUUCCUGUCCGUGAAUCUGCCGGCCUACGUCAUCCGAGGAGAGGAGCUGCUGCUGGAAGUCGUUCUGUUCAACUACCUCACACAGGGCCUGGAGGUCAUGGUUGUUGUUGCACAAAGUGACACCUACGAGUUUGUCUACCCGGACAAUGACGAGAUCCCCAUGCCCAGUGUUCGACGUGUGUCUGUGGGGAGUCAAAGUGGAGUGUCCAUCCUCUUUCCCAUCAGGCCGGUGGUCCUCGGAGAGAUCCCCAUCUCUGUGAAAGCCAUGUCGUCUGCGGCGUCCGACCUCAUCCUCAGGAUGGUGCUCGUCAAGGCCGAAGGACUCGAGCAGUCGUUCUCCGCCUCACUGCUGUUUGAGGUUUCUCCCUCGUGGUCGAGCCUUUCCAGAGACGUGAUGUUCACCUUCCCGGCAGAUGUUGUGGAGGGCAGCGAGAGGGUUUCGGUGACGGCUGUCGGUGACAUCCUGGGUCCGUCCAUCAGCGGCCUGGACUCUCUCAUCCAGAUGCCUUACGGUUGUGGUGAACAGAACAUGAUCAACUUCGCACCAAACGUCUACGUCCUCCAGUAUCUGAGCGCUACGGGGCAGGCUAACCAGGACACAACAGACACAGCCACAGCCUACAUGAUGAAGGGUUAUGAGCGAGAGCUGUCCUACCAGAGACUGGACGGCUCCUUCAGUGCCUUCGGGGACCAGGACUCCUCUGGAAGCACCUGGCUCUCUGCUUUCGUGCUGAGGUGUUUCCUGCAGGCGCGGCCGUACAUCAGCAUCGACGCCCACGUGCUGAGCAUGGUGGCGGCCUGGUUAGGAGCCCAGCAGGGGGCUGAUGGGAGAUUUGAGGAGCCCGGCCGGGUCAUUCACACCGAGCUCCAAGGAGGCCUGGACGGGCCCGUCUCCCUCACAGCUUACGUCCUCAUCGCCCUGCUGGAAGACAACGACAUCAAGGCUCAGUAUGGGAGCCAGGUGUCUGCGUCCCUGAUGUUCCUGGAGACCCGCCUGGCUCUGGGCGUCUCCAGUAACUACAGCCUGAGCCUGCUCACCUACGCUCUGGCUCUGGCCAACAGCUCCAGCGCUAACAUGGCGCUCAGUGAGCUGAUUGGACGAGCUGAGAUUAAAGAUGGAGUGCCGAUAUGGUCCUCCCCAGACGGUGGCGUGUCGUCGUCGUGGCAGCCUCGCUCCGCAGACAUCGAGAUGGCGUCCUACCUUCUGCUCUCUCAGCACAGACUGGGUCUCUUCACCGAUGGCCUCAGCCUCAUGAAGUGGCUCAGCCAACAGCGGAACCACAAAGGAGGAUUCGGAAGUACUCAGGACACAGUCGUGGCUCUGCAGGCCUUGUCCACGUUCGCAGCGCUCGCCGGGUCUAACGACGUUUCCCUCACCAUCAGAGUGCAGACCGACGCUGCGACCAACGCCGCCUCCUUCGACAUCACCCGGGACAACUACCUGCUUCGCCAGAGCCAGCAGAUUGCACCAGAGGAGGAGCUGAGACUCAGUGUGACUGCAGAAGGUCGCGGACUCGCCCUCUUUCAGCUGAACGUGUUUUACAACGUCAGGAAUGAGGAGCUGAUGAGGAGGAGACGAGACGCAGACGAAGACGAGGCGUUUCAUCUGUACGUCGAGCUGUUUGACGAGGAAGUAAACUCGGCACAUCUGUACAUCUGCAGCAGUCUGUCAGAGUUUCUGGGUCUGAAUGCGACUGGCAUGGCCAUUAUGGAGGUCGGCCUGCUGAGCGGCUACAGCCUGCUGCCGGGCGGUAUCCAGACCAAUGAGGUCAUAAAGAAAGUAGAGACGCUGCCGGGGAAAGUCAUCCUGUAUCUGGACUCUGUGACGACAGAUGAGAUGUGUCUAAUGAUUCCGCUGGUCAUGGAGUUCAUGGUCGCCAAGGUCCAGGAAGCAAGUGUUGUCAUCUAUGAUUAUUACGAACCAAGACGGAGGACAGUGAGGAUGUAUAAUUCAGACUGGAGGAACGACAUGUCUGCCAGCUCCUUCUGUGGCGACGACCUCAAUCUGUGCUCAGAAAACAUCUACUAUGAGCUCAACACUGCGUCACACUGCAGCCAAAACCUCCUGCUGACCAGUUUAACACCUGCUCUGCUCCUCAUCAUCUUCAGUGUGUAAAUAAUAAGAUCCAACUAUUGCUAGUUGAGUUUUGUGUUAACAUGCAUUGGUUAUCGUAGAAACAUUAUUUUAAUGUUUUUUUAUGUCUGUAAAUGGUUUACACCCUGGCUGUUGGUACUGUAGUCUGAUUAAAAUCAAAAGUAAGUUUAGUGCCUUAGAAAAAACGACGAUUCAGGAGAGAAACUCCUGUAAAUGAAGUGUUUUUUUCAUGUUAAAACAUUAUAUAUAAUUCACUUGAGUAAUUUUAUCUAGCAGAUAAUCAUAAAACACACUUCAAAAUGGACAGAAACCAAAUAUAACUCAUUAACUGUAUUUAUUAGUAAUUUCACAGUCUUUCCGACAAUAACCAACCCUGGUUUGGUCAAAUAAAUCCUUAAUUCACAGAAACAGGCUGCUACGUAACAAUAGCUAAUCCUUGGGGGAAAACUGAAAUAUGCGUCCCCUACAAGUUUCUGCCACUGACAGACUCAGAUUGUUCUCAGUGUCCCUACAGAGAUAUACCUUCAGUUUAACCAUAAACAGCCGUAACAUUGCUAUUGCUCGCCACCAGGCUCCAUCGAAAAAAACGGUAAUUUUACCUUGUAUAUCAUCAUUACUUAAUUAAGAGUGGUCAGAAACAAAAUAAAACUCAUCCAAACCAUCUUUGUUAGUGUUUCCAACAAUCACCAACUCUGGUUUGGUGGAAAUAAAUCCUUAAUUCACCUACGUAGAUGAUAAAAACAGCAGUUUCAGUCGGAGCAGACCGGCUAUGGAAACAAACCACAGAGAGGCUGCGAUACAACACAGGCAGAGGGAGUGAGACACCAUGUGACUCUGUAUCUUUAUAAAGAGAAUAGUUUGCUGCUAUAUUGUUUUAAUUUGCAUAUAUAACCUUUAACAUUAAACUUAGAUGAAUUGUACACUGUUAAAGUGUCUCUCGUAGUGCUAAACCCACUGUGAAUCAACACGUUGGACAUGGUUUAGAUCGGAAGCAAACCUUUUUCAGUUUGGGAACAAAUUUUCAUUUGAAGUUUUUAUUCCAAACAGCUUAAUAGUUUAGUCCAGUCAUUAACUUGCUGUUCUAAAAUCACAUGUUAUAUUUAUAUAUAUAUACUUAUAUAUAAAAAUAUAUGAGAAAUAAACCCAUCUUGAUGCCUGCACUUAAUUCCAUAAAGCUAGCAUUAUUCACUGUGGGUGUGAACACAGCCACUAAAUAUGUGUUUCAUAUGUUGUUAAAUCAUGCACUGCGCAUUUUUGUAAAUUCAAUUUCUUAUUUUUAUCAAAUGAUUGAAGUCUAGGCCACGGCUUUUCUUAUAAUGAAUCAUGGGAACAUUUGUCUUUUUUUCUGCCACCUUGCAUUGAUUAAAAUGUUAUAAAAAAUC